AUGAAAUAUCUUCAGGCCGAUGAAAUUGUAGAAGAAGCUAACUCAUGGGCAAAGAAUGCAACAAAAGGGCUUAUCAAAGACGUUCUCCAACGUGAACACAUCAAUCCGAAUACGAAACUUCUCCUAGGUAAUGCUCUCUACUUCAAAGGAGCUUGGAACCCUAACGAAUUUAAUCAUAAAAAGACUGAGAAAAGGGACUUUUACCUUCUCAAUGGAAACAAAGUUUCAGUUCCCUUCAUGACCAGCAAAAACAAAUAUCUAUAUGGAUCUUUCAAUGGUUUUAAAUUCCUCAAAAUCCCUUAUCAACAAGGCCAAGACAGAAGGAUGUUCUCAAUGUAUUUCUUUCUCCCGGACGAGGGGGAUGGAUUGCAGAAUCUGCUAACAAACGUUAAUUCUAUUCCUGGGUUCUUACACCAGGAUUUUGAGCUAAGGAAUGUGAAGCUCCUUGAGUUUUGGAUUCCAAAAUUUAAGUUCUCGUCUCACCUUAUAGCUUCAAGGGCCAUGGAAGAGAUGGGACUGACACUACCUUUCAUGAGAGAUUGCAUGGAGCUGACGGAGAUGGUACAUGUUCCUGCUGGUGUACCAUUUUAUGUCACACUGAUAAUUCAGAAGGCUUUUAUUGAAGUAGAUGAGGAAGGCACAGAAGCUGCGGCUGUUACUUUGAGUGUUCUUUAUGGUUGUUCGCCAAAAGGACCAGUCCCAAAAACUGAGAAUUUUGUAGCUGAUCAUCCAUUCAUGUUCAUGAUCAGGGAAGAAACAUCUGGCUUGGUGAUUUUCACAGGAGUUGUAUCCAACCCCCAAUUAAAAUGA